UUGGCUAUUGUUAUCCUGUAUUUUCUAGUAAAUUCGUGAUAAACUAAAAAUAUUUUCUGUUGUUGUAAGCGACUCAGAAAUUGCGCAGUCUUUCACGUUUUGAACUUAUGCAACGACAAAACUAUUGAUUUUCCUCUAAAUGACCCAUAGAUGAUAUAAGCAAGAUGGGUGGAUGGAAAUUAGAAGUUGCGAAGAUGGCCAUGUAUAUGUCAUUUCCAGUUGGACUUUUCUACUAUUUUAACCAGCCUUCGUUUUUUGAGGAGUGGAUGAUGAGUAGGAGGCAUGAAUUAUUCCCUCCCGAACAACCUGGGGCUCGGAGAGCCAUUCAAAAGACGAUUGUCAAAUUAGAUGAAAGGCGUGAACAGAAAUGGAAGGAAAAUAUGAAGAAGGUAGACACAUCGUCAUAGUUUUAGGAAUCUGUUUGAUUUAAAAGAUGUAUCAUGUUAAACAAAACUGAAUUUAAGAGCCCUGAAGUUUUGCGAAUUUAUAAUAUUGGGGGAUCUCAGAAAUAGGAAUCAUGUACACACUUUUGAAUCAUGGACCAAAUUUCAUACUUUCUAUGUUGUUCUGCUUGAAUAAGUGAAUGUAAGUCAGGCUGUGAGUACAACCACUUUCAAUACAUGCCUUUUUCUGACAAUUUUGAGGACAGCUUUUGUAUCCAUGAAACGAGCAGGCAAGCUGGGCCUGCCUGGGAAACUGUAUGGAUUCCAUUGUUGUCGAUAAUGAUACUUUGAAAAUGAUUUGUGAUAAGUUCUUGUGUGAAAAUUGUGGUGUAUUUAAAAAUUCUGAAGGAUGUGACAAACUGUGUGUUUUGAUGUAACUAAGAUGUGGCUGACUCUUGAGGCUGGGUAUGCAUAGACUGUAUGGACGUGUGGCAUUGUGAUAUUGAUAAUUGUCACCUGGCCGACAAAAGAGUAUGUUCCUGUUGUAAUGGAACAUGUUGCAUGAUGUGCCGUGCACAAGAAAGACAUUGGGUGAUAUGAAUAAAGACUAGGAAAUGCUUUUAUCUCCAUGUACAUUUACACUAGGCCUUCCUGUACAAAACCGGAGUAAAAGCAUUUGCUAGUCUUUAUUCAUAUCACCCAAUGUCCGUGCAAUGCAUUACAAGAGAACAGUCUGUGGAUACAUGUAAGCAGUAUAGUGAUGGUGAAACGCAUGUGUCCAAGGAAUUGGUGUGAUCCUCUUGUAAAUAUAUGUAUCAUCAACCUUUUUGGAGAAAAAAUAAAGAAGAAAUGGAAUAAAA